AAAUACAAUUCAUGUAACUUUUCACAUAAUCAUUUUGCUAUUAACCCAAAAACACAACAACCUUAAAUAAAACCUUGUACUAUUGUAUCAACAAAAAAAACAACAACCUAUGGAAGUGAUGAUACAUAGUUCAAAUAUGGAGACAUUCAAUUUUAGUAAUGGAACAAUGAGUUCACCAUAUCUAAGUCCACCUUCAUCACCAAAACGUUUUGGUGAAUUUUACUUGAGUGCCCCUUCAAGUCCUUCUAGGCUUUCUGAAUUAUAUAGUCAAAUUGAUUAUUUGUCUAUAAUUGAUCAAACAUCAUCAUCAACCAACAAAAACAACAACAACAACGUUGUUGUUGAUGAUGAUGUUGAUGAUGAUCAUGAAGGUGGUGGUUUUGCUUUCUUUGUUAAUCAAGAUGAAUCGAAGAACUCGUUGAUGACUCGUUCAGCUGAAGAACUUUUUCAUGGUGGUAAAAUUAAACCUUUUGAAGAAACUAAGGUUGCUGUUGAACCUAGGAAGCAACAAAACAACGUAGGAGUUGGUUUUGAUGAUGAAAGAAGAGGAAGAGAUAGAGAGAGAACAAAAGGAACAGAUUCAUCGUUGAAUAAUAACUCUGGUAGAAGAGUAACAAGAUCACACUCUCCUUAUAGAAAAUCAAACUAUGCAUUAGAUUUAGAAGAACAGAAUAUCCAACAAAAACAACAACCUCGUAUGACCAAAGAGGAAUCGAAAUCAUCGAGUUCGAAGGGUUCGAGGAGGUGGAAACUGAGUGAUUUGUUGUUGUUUCGAAGUGCUUCGGAGGGGAGAGGAUCAAGCAAGGAUCCAUUGAAGAAACAUUUUGUUGGGUAUAAGAAGAGUAAUAAUAGUAUUGAAGAAGUUAAAGGGUCGAGUUUUAGAUCUAGUGAAUCGUUUUCUAGAAAAAAAGGACAAGUUUCAGCUCAUGAAAUGCAUUAUGCUAUGAAGAAAGCUGAGUCACAAGAUAUGAAGAAAAGAACUUUCUUGCCUUAUAGACAAGGGAUUUUGGGUAGGCUGUCUGGAUUUGGACUCUAGAUGGAAAUUCUCAAGUGUUGAUUCAGUUGUUCUUGAAUUUUCUCAGUUUUUGUUCAUGUUAAAAAGUUGUAUUCUUUGGUUAAAUUUUGUAAUAUUUGCCUCAAAAGGGGUUUGUUAAGUUGUGUAAAAAGAAUCAGUCAUAUGUUAUCUAUUACUGUUAUUAUACAUAUAA